UUGACUGACCGCGCACCUACACACCGACUCAUCUUCACCGAAUUAGAGGCCCGACCAGCGGACGGUCGUCUGCCAAGGAGCGCCUCGUGGAAAGGGUCUAGAGUUGGGUUGUCUCAUCUGCCGGCAGUGGAUCCAAUCGCACUAAGAGGGGCCGAGGCCGGAGUGGCAGGUCGGAGUCGAGGGCGGAGGGCCUGGCGAAAGCGAGUGCCUGGCGCUCGGGGUCUCGGGGAGGCGAUCGGCUCGCCGGCAUUGCUUCGGUGCGGUGAGUUCGAGUCCCGGCCCGCUCGAGGGCAGGCGCGAGUGUGUCGAAUGAGGCUGCGCCGAGUGGGCAAUUCGCGCCGGCACUCGGCACAGACGUACCGCCAGGUCAUACAGCAGGGCCGGAAGAGGCGACCGGGAAGCUGGCCGACCCGGGGCCUGGGCGUCAGCCGGACGCAUGGGGACGGGUGCCUCUUCGAGUUCAGCCCUUCGGCAGAAUGCGAUUCGGAUCCAGUCACCUGCUCACCUUGA